AUGGCGAAGGAGCUACGGCUUGGGCAUCAACAGGAGAAAGAUGAGCUGGUGGUGGCGUUGAAGCAAGGGUCAGCGGCCGGCGAGCGUGUGGGCGAGGGAGAUGGUUCCGGGCGGCGUGCGUCAGCGCUGAACUGGUUUAGAAAACAGUUGAGAAAAGAAAGGAAAAUAAAAUUCUGGGUGAAGGGUUGUUACCAGAAGCAGCAAUAUCAUUUGUGUGAUAUGCCAUACCUGGUGCGGGAGAAUCUAUUUAUUGGCAAUACUGGAGCUGCUGCAGAUUUUCUCCAGCAUGGAACAGAGGAUGAUUCAGGUGAUGGGUCCAAGAGUUCUCUGGCACCAGAAAAGGUGCUGUAUUACUUGGAGAAAGCAGGGAAGGAUUUGAAGUUUGCAAGGAUGGCUGUACCAUUGAGAGAUACAGAGAGUGAGGAUCUAUUGGAUUACUUGGAUGUUUGUUUAGAUUUUAUUGACCGUAGUAGACAAGAAGGGUCUGUAUUGGUUCACUGCUUUGCUGGUGUAUCAAGAAGCUGA